UACUUCGUCACAAUGGCCACCCACUCGUCGAGUAGCUAUAUGGAUAAUUUGCUGAAGCCAGGUCUUUUGAUUACACAGGAUGGCGGAGCUUUAUCGCGUGCCUUACUGUUCACCUUCCUGGCAUGGGCCAUCUGGGGAGCUUGGAGGUUCAUCGUGGGUCCCAAGCUCUAUUCUGAUGAUCCUGAGGAACUCCCCUACUUUGUUCCAGUGCUGGGUCACGGUCUAGCAUUCUUUCGGGACUCAAAUGGGCUAUUCUCACGAGCCAGGGAGUACUUUGGUGGCCGCGACGAUCCCUUUGCCCUGACUAUCUUCGGCCAGAAGGUUUAUGUUGUCACCAACGCCAAGCAGUCUGCUGUGGUGUACAAAGACACUGAAUCUCUCUCUUUUGAAGAGUUUGUUCAGACCUUGAUGAGGACAAACGGAAGCAGCGAGGAAACAAUCAAGAAAGUGUCGUUGCCUCUUCAGAUCGGCAAGGCUGGAUUUCCGAACCCCGAUGGCCUCUCCCUCAUCGGACUCUCAGAGCGCAUGCACGUGCACCAGCUCCAUCCAGGAGAGAAUCUAACUGUACUUCGGAGGAAGGUCCUAGACUGGAUCAACCGCCAGCUCAGCUUUGAUGUUCUGGCCAAGUCUUGCACAUACGCAUCUUCGCAGGGCGAAAACCACCUCCAACUUCCUCUUUACAAAUGGACGUCGGACUAUUUCGUUCGGCUCGGACAGUUUGUCUAUUUUGGCGAUGUUCUAGGCCAGAUCGAUCCGAAUUAUCCUGAUGCCUAUAUCACCUUUGACGAGGUCGUCUGGAAGAUGUUGUACCAAUAUCCUUCUUUCCUGUGCGGCGAUAUGACAGGCCCUCGCGACCAGAUGAUGGCAUCCAUGACAGCUUAUUUUCAGCUUCCCCCAGCCCAGAGACGAGAGCAGGCUGCAUGGAUUAUCAACGCCAUGGAAGAUGAGAUGAGGGCGAUCGGAGUGGACGAUGCGAAUAUUGCCAUCAUGAUCUUUCACUUGUACUUUGCGAUUAAUACCAAUGCUCGCCGGACAUCCUUCUGGAUGUUGACACACCUAUUGCGCAACCCGGCCUAUCUCGAGAUAUUCCGCGCCGAGACGGCCCCGGCCUUCCGCGGUGAUGAGUUUGUAGAUUUGGACUAUAUUCAGGACCCGGCCAAAUGCCCGCAGGUCAACGCCAUCUGGCACGAGACUCUUCGCGUGGCCGGGUGGGCCGGGUCUGUGAGGCUGGUGACGCGUGACCUUGUCCUUGGCGGGAAACGUCUGCGCAAGGGGAACCGCGUUUUGGUGCCGCACCGCUUGGGGCACUUUGACGAAUCCAUCUUCGGCGGCGAUGUCAACUCCUGGCUGCCCCAGCGUUGGCUCGACAACGACCGUGGCAAACGACUUCAGACCAGUCCGUCCUGGAGGCCCUUCGGAGCCGGCAAGACAAUUUGCAGUGGCAGAUACCUGGCCAAGUUCUUUGUUACGGCCUUUGUGGCCACGCUUCUACGUCGCUUCGAUAUCAAAAUGGUGGAGAACAGUCCUAUGCCAGAGGCAGAUGUGGGGAGGCCGGUUGUAGGUAUUAUUGGGGUCAAGGAGGGCCAUGAUAUUUUGGUUUCUAUUACCAAAAGAAAAGUUGACCAUGUUCCAGAACCAACAAAUUAAACUCGGAACACGGUUCCUUAUGUAUUGUACUCAGUUUUAGAGGUCCAAGUUGAAGGUAUAUUGGGAAAUAUUCUUAUGCCCAUUUGUUUCCUGUGUAAUGCUAAGAUUAAUGACAAAAAGGCCAAGUAUAAUAAUCACUUAAAUGAUCAUGAACGUAUUAGUC